GCAUCACUUGCGCACAUUAAGGUAUUGUUCUUCGCGUAUUAUCAUAUAAAGAGUUUCGUCAUCAUUUUCUUUGUUAAAAAUGGUUUACGGAUUUGGAUAUAUUGGUUCUAGUUUUGUACAGUAUAUAGAAAGAGUAAUGAAUCUAGUAUGCCUCGUUGAGUUAGUGGGAUGUACGUUCAACAUGUGCAUGCUCGAAUAUUAUAUUAUUACGGAGAAGUCUAAGGAAACCGUAGCCUCGUAUAGCAUACUUUACGCGUCCAUGAGCUUUAAUAUAUUUAUAUUUUGUUAUAUCGGGGAGACCCUUACGGAACAGUGCAAAGAGAUCGGAGAGAGAGUGUACAUGACCGAGUGGUACCGAUUGCCUCCUAAAGUUGCUAUCGGUCUGGUCUUGAUCAUCUCAAGAUCGAGCGCGGUGACUAAAAUUACUGCCGGAAAACUGGUACAAAUAUCCAUCGCGACUUUCGGUGACGUGUUUAAGACAUCAUUCGCGUAUUUUAACAUGCUCCGUACCGUUGCUAUGUGAUAUAAUCAAAUUGUAAAUAAUACUACAUUAUCCUGUAC